CGCUCGUUUGUCAGUUGUAAUUCACGAUUUGUUCGUGUUCUGUGUAAUAUGGAGUUGCUAUUGGCCGUCAGUCGGUUGGUGGUGACUACUCGUUUCAAGUCCGCGUGUUGAAGUUGCUGGCGGCGGGCGAUCGAUCGUUUUUGUUUCAAGUCUAAUAAAGGAAUGGCGUAAAAUGGAAUUUAUAUUAGGUGCCUUGGGCGCCAGUGGCGCUGUGUGCUUCACCAAUCCAUUGGAAGUAAUAAAAACCAGGUUUCAGCUACAAGGAGAGCUGAAAAAAGUGGGAAACUAUAAAGUCCACUAUAGAAACUUCGCUCACGCUAUUUACGUAGUGGCAAAAAAUGAAGGACCGCUAGCUUUGCAAAAAGGCCUGUUACCGUCCAUGGGGCACCAAGUAUUCUUAAAUGGAACGAGGUUAGGCAUUUUCGAUCUGGCACAGAAAAAAAAAUGGAUACUUAAAAGUGAUGGAACUGUUUCGCUGAUUAAGUCCGCGCUUGUUGGAGGCGGAGCCGGCAUGUUAGGUGGCUUUUUAGGUAGUCCACUGGGCAUGUUAAAAAUUCACUUGCAAUCAUUUUCCGCUCAAUCAAUCGCAGUUGGCCAUCARCACAACACCACCAGCACUAUAAACGGUCUACUGACGUUGUACCGGAAGUACGGCGUAGUCCACGGGCUAUGGCGCGGUGCCACUGGGGCCAUGGUACGUAUUGGUGUCGCGUCGGCUACACAAUUGAGCACGAUAAGCUUACUCAACGAAUCGCUCAUCAACCACGGUGUGUUGACCAAAGAUCAGAAAUUCCUGAGCACCCUCAUAUGCAGCAUGUCGGGUGGAGUACUGAUGUCAAUAGUGAUGGCGCCAUUCGAUCUGGUAUCCACCAGGCUUUAUAACCAAGCUGUCGAUGCCAGAGGCCGCGGUCUUUUAUACUCGUCGUACUUGGAAUGUUUGACCAAGACUUUUAGACAAGAAGGAAUCUAUGGACUUUACAAAGGCGUCGUCCCUUGCUACCUCCGACUCGGACCCCACGUUGUUUUAAGCAUGGUAUUCUGGGACAGGUUGCGACUGUUAGAAUCAAAUGUGUCCAACCAUUUUAAAACCAUUCAGAGUCUUUGAUUUUUUAAUUAGUUUUUUAAACGAUUUGUUAUUGUGUAUUUUUAUUUAUCAUGUAAAUCAGAAAUCCCAUG